GUACACACUGCAAAUGAUCUCAGCUGAUCAGCUGUUCGAAAAACGAAAAUAAAUAUUUUAAUUUAAAAGCCGGCAUACAAUCAACAAAAUUGCGAAGGAUUAAAGCUAUUGAAGCUAAAUAGUGAAACAUUUGUAGUGAAUAUUAAAGAAGGCAAGCUGGGAAAUGCGCCUGGCGACCUGACUUUCAAACCGGCGACGACUUCCCGGCUGCUGCAUCUUAUCGCCGGCCAAUAAAUGUGCAUAAAUGCGCCCACGACAGGACGAGUAGGGGCAGCGAGGAGUGGUGGAGCAGGGAAACAGAAAGAGCCGCAGAAACAGAAACAAUAACAAUAGUAAAGCCGCAGGACUCGACCACAACAAGCCACAAUCGGCAAUCAUCAACACUGGCGCGCCGCAGACCGAGCAGAAGGGGUCAGGGGUCAGAGGUCGGUGGUCGGAGGAGCAGGCGCUUGCUGACGGCGCCAGUUGCAUUUUGACAACGACAACGAACCAAAAACACCCGCGCACAGGCCAUGACAGCCGAACGAGGACCCCGCUCCCCGGGAACGGGGCAAAAACUAAGGCUUAGAGCCACAGAGCCACUGCCACAGUGGACGGCCAAGAAUCUGCACGCCCUGCUGGAUAUGCCCGCGGCGAUGGAACUGCGCCAAAUUGAGUUGAUCUAUCGGGCGGAGGGUAAUGCAAAUUUGGUGCUCGCCCUGCCGCAAUUUAAAAAAGUUUUACGUUUGCCAAAAAUGAUAUCCAGCAGACUGCGCCAGGCGGCGCACCAGCGGCACGAGCUGGCGGAUGAGGUUGCUCGGCCGGAAGGGCAGCGUGUCUCAUUCGAAAGAGCUGGGACUGAAAAAGCUGGCGACUUGACAAUGCCGGAUUUUAUGGCUUAUAUCGGGAUAAUGCGCCGUCUAUUAGGAAAUGAGUUUGUCUGCGGAGCGGAUAUUGUUGCCAUACCAAAGGAAGACGAUAGAUUCUGGAUAAACGAGCAUAUACGCGACCAACGACCGGUUUCGCGUCUGGAUAAGGAAUUUGUGGGGCCAUUCGGCCUGCUGCUGCCAGAUGUGACCCAAUUGCCUGCCACGUUCGAUGUUUUACUUGCCAAUUUACAGGCCAUAUUGUGUGUUCGUUCCAUCACACGGAGCGCAUUGCGGGCGGACAAAAAUAUGGCGAAAAAAAGUUGGGAAGUGCGAAUGGAGAACUCCGUCCAUGCCGUGCCGUGCCGGCCGGUCGUCGGCUUCAUUACUCAUCAUACAAUCAGCGCAACAACUUUUGUUUUAUGUCACAACAGCAACAGGAGCAGGAGCAGGAGCAGAAACAGGAGCAGUAGCAGCGAUAACCUGGCCAAGGACCCCGAUCCCAACCCAUGCGAAACCAUGGCAAAGGGCACAACAGGAGAUGAAACUGGAGCUGCAGAGGGCGGAGGAGUUGGAGGUGACGAUGCCGGUGGAGCAGGAACAAGGACGAAAAACAGGAGCGCUGUCCGUCGUCUGGGCGAUACAUAUGCCAUCGAAAUAAAACCCAAACAAGGCUGGCUCCAGUUGGCAAGUGAUGUCAACGAUUUAUUUGAUUUAAUGCCAUCGGGGGCAGGGACAAAGCCAAAGGAGGCGACCUGCAAUCAGGAGGAGAAGGAGCCCUUUGCCCGGGACAAGUGCUGGUGUCGCUUUUGCAGCAUGCAACUGCUGAAGAUGCACAAUGGGAAAAUCAAACGUUUGGGCCACUACUGUCCGCUGGAUCUAUUCUCCGGUACACCCAGUCGUAUGCUCGAUGCCUUGGAUGCACUUCUCGCCUGCCCGCAAAAUAAUUUACGUGUGUUUCAGAACAGCAAUUUAAUUUAUGGCGAUCACGCGAAUUCGAUUUCCUUCGAUGAAUUGAGCUCGCGUGUCUUUCCCGGUGAAAUUAUGGUGCUUAUAAAACAUUUGCUGGUGGCCUGCCUGCUAAGGGAAUACGAGCACCCGGAAUCCAACCGAGCAGAGGGCUCCAAUCAGAGCCAGAAGCAGCAGCAGGAGCAGCCGGAGCCGGAGCAGCUGAAUCAGAGUCGCGUUUCGAUUGCGGCGACGGAGACAAAGGCCGGAGCUGCUGGAAUUGGCGCCGCUAAUGUUGUCCUGCCACUCGGAGGCAGGGCACACGCCCCUGUUGUCACUGCCGGUCAAUCCUCGACGCGGACAAGAGCAGCUGCUGCAACAGCCACGACCCAAAGGUACACAAAAGUGGCCAGAGUGGAAACAACAAUAACUAGACAGGCAGCCACCUCGGUGGCUGCAGGACCAGCAUCAAGCAACCAACUGUCCGGCAAUGUGUUGGCAACGGCAACGGCAACGGCUUCGGCAAUGGCAACUGCAGGUCGAACGGAAACAAAAACGGAACCGGAAACUCCGGCUGAGGCUGCUAGUACGACAAGUCGCAACGUGAAUCAGAAUGAAAGCCAAAAACUGAAUCGGAAUGAGCCUGCGAAUCAAACUCAAGCACAAAACAACAAAGCGGACAUAUUUCGCUUACCAAAAAAUUGUGUGCUGCAAAAAAUUUUGAAUUUGCAAUUGCUGGUAAAGCGCCACUUCGACUUCAUGUGGCAAUCCGGGUACUCCGACCACUCCCGGCCCACUUACAACUCGCUGCGGGGUCUCUUGGCCGCAAUCGAAGGAGCCGGGGAUGCGGAAUUCGAGCCGGAUGAGGAGCAGGCUUAUAUGUUGGGAGCCACGGCGCUGGAUUGCUCGAUUAUGUUGACGUUUCAGGAAAUCGAAUGCGAAACCGAUUGCCCGGCUGACCAGAGCAGCGAUGCGGCACUGCAGCCUUGGUGCGUCUCCCUGCUGGGUCAUCACUUUCUAACCAAACUCUGUGUCCUGGAUUUGGAUCCCAAGCCCGACAGUCACUUUCAUAAAUUCAUAGCGCAGACACGUGAAAUUGAAAAGUGCCGUCGAGCAUUAAAUUAAUUAAUAAACUUUACGCCCAACUAAAA